AUGGGGUUCGCGGUGACGAGGACGAGCAAGUCGCUGGUGGCGCCGUCGUCGCCGACGCCGGCCGGGGAGACGCUGCGGCUGUCGUGCCUGGACCGCGUGCCGGGGCUGCGCCACCUCGUGCUGUCGCUGCACGCGUUCGACGGCGCCAAGCGGGUCGACGGCGCCGUCGGCGAGGGAGAAGCUGCUGCCAGCCCGGCAAGCGCGGUGCGGGAGGCCCUGGGGAAGGCGCUGGUGGACUACUACCCGUUCGCCGGGCGGUUCCUGGAGCCGGAGGAGGAGGGCGGCGAGGUGAGGGUGGCGUGCACCGGCGAGGGCGCGUGGUUCGUGGAGGCCACGGCGGCGUGCAGCCUGGAGGACGUGAAGCACCUGGACCACCCGAUGGUGAUCCCCAAGGAGGAGCUGCUGCCGGAGCCGUCGCCCGACGUGCCGGCGCUCGACAUGCCGCUCAUGAUGCAGGUGACGGAGUUCACGUGCGGCGGGUUCGUGGUGGGCCUGAUCUCGGUGCACACGAUCGCCGACGGCCUCGGCGCCGGGCAGUUCAUCAACGCGGUGGGGGACUACGCGCGCGGCCUGCCCAAGCCCCGCGUGUCCCCGGUCUGGGCGCGGGACCUCAUCCCGGACCCUCCCCGGAUGCCGGCCCCGCCGCCGAAGCUGGAGCUCCUCGACCUCCGCGAGUCCACCGUCGACCUCACCCCGGACCACAUCGCCAAGGCCAAGUCCGACUUCUUCGUGUCCAUGGGGCAGCGCUGCUCCGCCUUUGACGUCUGCGUCGCCAAGACGUGGCAGUCCCGCACCCGCGCCCUCCGCCUCGCCGGGCGCCUCGCCGACGACCACCCCGUCCACGUCUGCUUCUUCGCCAACACGCGCCACCUCAUGCUCGCCGGCGCCGCCGAGGGGUUCUACGGAAACUGCUUCUACCCGGUGACGGUGACGUGCAGCAGCGCGGAGGUGGCGGCGGGGGAGGUGGUGGACCUGGUGCGCACGGUGCGGGACGCCAAGGCGAGGCUCGCCGGCGACGUGGCGCGCUGGGCGGUGGGAGGGUUCGCGCAGGACCCCUACGAGCUGAGGUUCACGUACGACUCGCUCUUCGUCUCCGACUGGACGCGGCUCGGGUUCCUGGAGGCGGACUACGGGUGGGGCGCGCCCACGCACGUCGUGCCCUUCUCGUACCACCCGUUCAUGGCCGUCGCCGUCAUCGGCACGCCGCCGGCGCCCAAGAUCGGCGCGCGGGUCAUGACCAUGUGCGUCGAGGAGGCGCACCUACCAGAGUUCCGUGACCAGAUGAACGCCUUCGCCGCCGGCAAGUAA